AUGUGCGGUCGUUAUGUUUUGGCUCUGCGCCCGUCGCAAAUCCGUCAGAUGCUCGAGGAGGAUGGCCUAGACGUUGAUGACGCACCAGAAGAUGAAGGAGAUGGCACCCCCCGCAACACUUACAACUUUGCGCCUGGCAAUCACGGUAUUGUUUAUCGCGCGAAUACGCCCGACGGAGGUGCCGGCCACCAGGGAACGGACAAUGAGAAACAACAGCACGCUGGGAUCAACGAUGCGACCGACCAUGCGGCAAGCUCUGAACAAGUCAAGUACAAGCUACAGUCCAUGAAAUGGGGCUUGAUUCCGUCGUGGACGAAGCGAAACCCAGACUACGGGUCGAUGCUGAAAACCAUUAAUUGUCGAGAUGAUUCACUGAGCUCACCGGGAGGCAUGUGGGCUAGUAUGAAGGCUCGCAAGCGGUGCAUUGUCGUUGCCCAAGGAUUUUACGAGUGGCUCAAGACCGGCAAAGACAAACAGCCCCAUUACGUGAAGCGAAAGGAUGGCCAUCUCAUGUGCUUCGCAGGGCUUUGGGACUGCGUGCAGUACGAAGGAUCCGCAGACAAGACCUACACCUACACUGUCAUCACCACAGACUCAAACAAGCAGUUGAAAUUCCUCCACAAUCGAAUGCCGGUCAUCUUCAACCCCGACUCAUCAGCCAUCAAGACUUGGCUGGAUCCUUCUCGGAAUCAAUGGUCUCGCGAGCUACAAUCUUUGCUCAAGCCCUUUGAAGGAGAGUUGGAGGUCUACCCGGUCACCAAAGAGGUUGGUAAGGUCGGGAACAACUCACCUUCUUUCGUUAUACCCCUGGAUAGCAAGGAAAACAAGUCGAAUAUCGCCAACUUCUUCGCCAACGCCAAGCAGAAGAAGGGAUCAGGACUCCAGAACCCAGAUCAACAUUCAGAGGUCAAGGUUAAAGAGGAAAAAGACCAGUCGCGUGACGACAGUAAAACGACCACUAGUUUGUUUGAUUCUGAGAAGUCAUCUCAUGGUAAGCGGAAGGCAUCGGGAGUUAAGAAUGAUGACGAGGGGACUGCGAAACGUCGAGAGGUGGGCAAGAUAAGCGCAACUCAGAAUAAGGGUCGAGAAAUAAGGAAGGGAAAGGAACGAGAUAGCUAUAAGAUCACAAGGUUUUUCAACUAA